GCACGAAACGCUUGUCACGCAGUUCACUUGACACUUCACCAAAACCGAAAUGUCGUUGCGUUCCGUCGGAAGCUAUCUCGCCACCACCGCUCGCCACCUCUCUACAGAGCCAGCACGAAGAGGCGUCACCGCCGCCAGCUCCAGCAGCGGUGGCGAUACACUGGGACGUAGGCUUCUGAGCCUCGUCUAUCCAAAACGCAGCGCAGUCAUCGCUAUCAAUAAAUGGAAGGAAGAAGGUCACACUCUCCCCCGUAAGUACCAGCUCAAUCGCAUGAUUCGUGAGCUUCGCAAGAAUAAGCGCUAUAAACACGCGCUCGAGGUGUGUGAAUGGAUGAAAUUACAAAAUGAUAUCAAGCUAGUGGAAGGAGAUUAUGCUGUUCAAUUGGACUUGAUAACCAAAGUCCGUGGUUUAAACAGUGCUGAAAAAUUCUUUGAGGAUCUACCUGAUAAAAUGAGAGGCCAACCAACUUGCACCGCCCUUCUCCAUGCCUACGUCCAAAAUAAUUUGACCAACAAAGCUGAGGCCCUUAUGUCGAAAAUGUCAGAAUGCGGUUUCUUGCGAAGUCCUGUUCCUUAUAAUCGCAUGAUGUCUCUCUACAUCUCGAAUGGGAAGCUAGAAAAGGUUCCUAAACUUUUUGAGGAACUAAAGGUGAACACUUCUCCGGAUGUUGUCACCUUCAAUUUAUUGUUAACUGCUUGUGCCUCGGAAAAUGACGUUGAAACUGCAGAAAGAGUACUGCUUCAGUUAAAGAAGGCAAAAGUGGACCCGGACUGGGUAACAUAUAGUACACUUACCAAUUUGUACAUAAGGAAUGCUAGUGUGGAUGACUGUCUUGAAAAGGCAGCAUCUACUUUGAAAGAGAUGGAGAAGAGAACCUCACGAGAAACUCGAGUUGCUUAUUCCUCUCUCCUGAGUUUGCAUGCAAACAUGGGGAAUGUGGAUGAAGUUAAUCGGAUAUGGGGAAAAAUGAAGGCUUGCUUUUGCAAAAUGAGCGAUGAUGAGUAUGUUUGUAUGAUAUCAUCACUUGUGAAGCUUGGCGACUUUGCCGGAGUUGAGAAUCUUUAUAAAGAGUGGGAAUCUGUUUCUGGUACCAAUGAUGUCAGAGUUUCAAAUUUACUUCUUACUUCAUAUGUUGACCAAGGUCAGAUGGAAAUGGCUGAAAUUUUUUGUAAUCAGUUAGUGGAAAAGGGUGUCUGUCUUUCUUACUCUUCAUGGGAGCUACUUACUCGGGGGUAUUUGAAAAAGAAGGAUGUAAAAAAAUUUCUGCACUAUUUUGGGAAAGCUAUUUCUAGUGUGAAACAAUGGAUUCCUGAUCCCAGGUUAGUGCAAGAAGCAUUCACAGUCAUCCAGGAGCAAGCUCAUAUUGAAGGAGCAGAACAAUUGUUGGUUAUCCUUCGGAAUGCUGGACAUGUGAAUACAAAUAUAUAUAACCUAUUUCUGAAAACUUAUGCAGCAGCUGGUAAAAUGCCUCUCGUUGUUGCUGAGAGGAUGAAAAAGGACAACGUUCAGUUGGAUAAAGAGACACACCGGCUUUUGGAUCUUACAAGUAAAAUGUGUGUGAGCGACGUUUCAGGGAUUCUCUCCUAAGCGCACACAUUAAAGCAGUCUUGAGAUAAAAUGGGAGGCUCAAGUGUUUUUUGGCUGCAAUCUUUUGUAGAAUCCAUACCAUUUAUGAAUAUAGUAAUUGGAUUGAUAGUGUUUGUGAGUGUAAUGCAAACAUGCAAUGAUGCCAGUUUUGAAAUCAAGCAUCGAACCUUGAUUUUAGAGGCAGAUCAGUUGAACUCCCAGGUUCUAUAGUUCAAUCUAUUCAUGAUGACAUGCUGCUGGCUUGUUAUGAUAUUUUUUUUUCCUUCCAGAAUUGGUACAUUGAGGGGCUAUAGUCCAACUUGUCACAAAUACACACUUUCAUUGCUCGGGUUCGAUUGACUUGUAGACAAGCCACUGCUGACCUUGGUACUUAUCAAGAAGCUUCAGAAAUUUAUGUGAACUGCUUCAGUUUCUAGUUUAUGUUGAUUCUCAAACACCCAAAAGAGGAAAUGCAUUUCCCAAUCCAUUUUCAACAUAUGAUUUUCCACUUUCCAGUUCAUUUUCUUUUGUAACUACAUUUUUUUAAGAGAACCAGCAUUGCUGUAAUUACUUGCAUGACCACCCAAUCCGUUUAUGGCAGGAUUUUGUUGACUUAAAUCUCGAGCUUAGAUGUGCGGUGCUAUUAAGAGUGAGGGAGGAUAAAAGUCUUACAUCUUUGAGACUUUCAAGUCUUUUAAAUCCAUUUGAUAAGGAUAAUAAAUUAGACAUUUCAAGUCUUUUACCUAAUACUUAUGAUGAGAGAUUUGCAAAGUUCAUUUCACUCAGACGUCAUAGUCACAGUGUGAAUGGUAUUCACUCAGAAAGAAGAACCUGUCCAUCACGAGGUGCAUGGAACAAUGAUAGAUCCGAUGCACAUUGGUUUGCCUAGCUGUGUGGUAAGCCGUUCUACCAAAACCAUACAAUUCAUCAGUUAAUGUUGAAGAAUCAUUAUAGUUAUUUCAGCAGUUAGGCUGGAUUCAACUGUUGAGGAACCUUUGCCAAGAAGAAUUGACAAAUUCAAAUUUGCAGUGCUGUCUACUUUAAUCACAAUAAUUCCCUCAUCUGUUCUGGUAGCCAUGAUGGCGACUCUUGUAAGAUUUGGGAUAGGAUUGUUGGUACUCUUUUGAAGACCCUUAUAUUGUACUCCUUCGCCAAGUUCUCCCCCAACGUACAACAAGUUCAUAGUCGUUGCCAUCAUUAACCCUUGUGAGUUUCUUUUUAUUUAUUUUCCUUUUGUUCUUGACAUUGUAUUUUUGUGUCAAGGAGUUGACUGUAAGUCAAUUCUGCUCAACAUAACUAGACGAUCUAUCUAAGUUUUAGUGUUUUACCUUCAAUUAAUCGUUUUAAAACACCGUGUGACCCACUUGUUUUUGUGAAUGAAUAGACAAAUUUCCAUUGGUAAAAUUGAUAAUGCUCACCUUUUCCGAGUCUUAUUUGAUAGCUCGAGAUCUGAAGGUACUUGGUUGUUUGUUUGGUUGUGUUAUCAUGUUUGUUUUUUCUUAUUAGUCAAAUAUUCGAUACUCUAAUUUUUUAUGUUCGUAGUUUGUGAGGCUUUUCAAGUUUAUCAACUUUUGAUGGAUUGCAAUGUGAAAAGUGAAGUGUUGUCGAACAAAGGUUAUUUACUUACUUGACACAUGUCUCCGUCCGUUUCCAUUUAGAUUUCUUACAUUUACUCAACAAAUAAAAUGCAUGAAAUGGAGCAUAAAGGGUACUCCAGAUGAAGUAUUCCAAGCUUUGCAAGAUUGCCGCAAUGAAAGAAAUAAUAUCCACCAAAGCCAAUUACAUUUAGAGAAUUGACCUUUGUAGAGAGUCAGAACAGCAAACUUGAUCUAUGUUCUGCAACUAAAGGAGAUUGAAGUAAACCAAAUUUGGCCUUCCUCAUUGAAAAUAUAGGUUCAAAUGACAUAUUGAAUCACCUAUAUCUUAUCCAUGUGAUGGUUGAGGACCUGAGGUUUACUUUGUUGGCCAUGAUAUUUAAUUCGGUGUCAACAUGAAGAUGAUGCAGCCUAAGAUUUCAGUUCCUCCUGUGAAAUAAUUAAGCAACCUCUUUAUAAUUGAAGACUUAUGCUACAAAUAGUUUUUUAUUGGUUAUAAUCUACUUAUUUGUUUGGAUGUUUUUGGAAUUUAAUCUCAUCAUAGGGUUUUUUAUUUGGGAAAUGUUAACCAAUGCCCCCGGGGCACUGGUUAAGGAAUCAAAUGUAGAAACAUAAUAGGUCUAGAACAACCAACUUUUAAUUUCUUCUUGAGCAUCAUCCAGGUGACACCAUCAUAUGAUA